AUGCGCGCAAGCGCAGGCGGGUUGGCGGGUGUGGCGGGUUGGGGUGGUGUGGGGGGUUGGGGGAGUGUGGGGCCCACACGCAUCGACGAUGACGGCGACGACACCGGUCUGCUUGACGCGUGGCACGUUGAUGACGUGGCGGGCGAGCAGGAGGGAGAGGGGGAGGGGGAGGGGGAGGGGGAGGGCGGGAGGGCGAUGGAGGAAGGGGAUUUGGAAGAAGUCGCGGACUUGGAGGAGGUAAUUGAUGACGAGGCUGACAAUAUCGCGUACACGGAGGAAGAGGAGGAGGAAGAGGAGGAGGAGGAGGAAGAGGGCGACGAGACAGGUGGUUUGCGCGGAGAUGAAGAUGAAGGUGAAGGUGACCGGGGCGAGAAGGGUGAGGAGGAGGGUGCGAGGGACGAGAGGAGAGAUGAGGAGGACGAGGAAGAGGAGGAGGAGGAAGAGGAGGAGGAGGAGGAGGAGGAGGACGAGGAGGAGGAGGAAGAGGAGGAGGAGGAAGAGGAGGAGGAGGAAGAGGAGGAGGAGGAGUGCGAGUCGGGGGAGGACUCGGACUGGGCAGCGGAGUCAAGCAGUGCAGAGGGGGACUCGGAGGGCGAGGAGGAUGAGGAGUGGUGGCCACGUCAAGGGCGUGGGGACGACUUGCGAAGGCGCGAUGGUGCAGGCGCGCAGGCGUGGAGCGAGGGGGGGGCAGCAGUAGAAGAGGGAGGGAAGGGGAUGAGCGAGGAGGGUUUGGAAGCGGUGGCGUCUGUGGCGUCGCUGUCAGCGGCCCACCGCAACCCCGCUCUGGCGCUGGAGACCCUCUCCCACUGGGGGCGCGGAGGGGGCGAAGGGGGACCAGGGGGCGCUGCAGGGCGCCGCCGCACACAGGGGGGCAGUGGGGACAGCACUGACGACGAGGGGGGAGGAGGUGGUGGAGGGGCGGCGCGGGCGGCGUUGUUUGGAGCUAGUAUGGACGAGAUCUGGGAGGCCGCCACGGCGCCGUCUCGCAAGCGAAGGAAGAUGCUGCGAAGGAGGGGCCGGCCCAAGGGGUCGUCACGCCUGGCGCCCGAGGUGGUGGCGCGCCUGGGCGAUGCCAACCUCAUGUACGCCAUGGGGCGCUACAGCGAGGCCAUUCCUCUACUGGAGGCGGUGAUACGGGAGGCGCCUGCGGUGCCGGACAGCUACCAGACGCUGGCACUGGUGUACGACGCCCUGGGGGAGCGGCGCAAGGCCGUCAACCUCACCAUGAUCGCCGCCCACAUCACCCCUCAGGACACCGCUCUCUGGCGCCGCCUUGCUGCCUGGUCACUGGAGCUGGGCAACCCCUCUCAGUCGCUCUACUGCCUCUCCAAGGUGGUGCGGCGGGACCCAUCAGACGUGGAGGCGAGGUGGGAGCAGGCGCUGCUGCUGGCGGAGGCGGGGGACUACCGGCGGGCAGCAGCGGCACUGGAGCUCAUGCGCGCGCACAGGGAGGCGGAUGGGCAGCGGGAGGCUGACGGGGAGGUCUGCAAGAUGCUGGCGCGGAUGUAUCACCGCAUUGACCAAUCAGACAAGGCCAUCGAGGUCCUCCAAUCGCUGCUCGCCUCCGCCACCCCCUCCACUGCCCCCGCCGCCCAGCUCGACCUCACGGCGCUCAACAUUCUCGCCGAGCUUUACAUCACCAAGGGAAGCUUCCAGGAAGCGCUGGCUGUGGUGGAGCGGGCGAGGGCGUCGCUGUGUCCGGGGGAGGCCCUGCCGGUGGACCUGGGCGCCAAGGCGGGCACCUGCCUCGUGCGCCUGGGCCGGCUCACAGACGCUCAGCCGUACCUGCAGGCAUUGGAGCAGGAGACGACGGCGUCAGAGGGGCAAGGGGGGGCGGCAGAGGCGCUAUGGCAGGAGGUGGAGGGGCGGGCGGCUGUGUGGGUGAAGCUGGGAGCGGCGUGUGCUGCUGCUGGGCGUGUAGAUGACGCCGUGCUCAUUCUUCACCGAGUGGUGGCGUGCCUGCCCUGGCUGCCCCAACCCCGCCUGCACCUCUCCUCUGCGCUCGCCCUCGCGGGUCGCCUGCCAGAGGCAGCGGCUGUGCUGGAGGGGCCGGGGGAGGGCGAGCAGGAGGGUAGCGAGGGGCAGCAGGGGGGGGCAGAGGCAGCACAGGGAGGAUCGCAGGGGGGUGCUUCAGGUGCCACAGGCUCUUCUGCCAUUGCAAAGGGCAGCGCAGCUGACAAUGCCAGCAAGUUCCUGGAAGUUGCGCUGCCAAUGGUGUCCCAGUCUAUGUGGGCAAUUGAGAAGAACGAACGGAUUCUGUCGGCCUUCCGGGCGGCGCACCCGUGGUGGCGGCCGUGGAUGAGGCAGCUGAAGGCGCUGCUGGCAGAGCAGGCGAGGGAGGGCAAGGAGGGGCUCUACCGCGGGCUCAAGCUGCGCCUGCCGCGCGGCAUUGCCUGCCAGCUGGCGAAUCGGCGGCGCCUGGCCCGGCUGGCAGCAGAGGAGGCGGAGAGGCAGGCGGCGCUGGGGGAGGGGAGGGGCGCGGGGGAAGGGGAGGGAGGAGCGGGAGGAGACGGGGCGGGGAAGGCAGGUGGUGGUCGGGGGGGGAUUGGCACAGACUCAGUGCGGCUGCAGCUAGAGGUGGGGGGAGAAGCGAGAAAAGCGAGAAAGGAGAGCACUCACUCACCCCUCAACAUGCAUCACUCACCCCUCAACAUGCAUCACUCACCCCUCAACAUGCAUCACUCACCCCUCAACAUGCAUCACUCACCCCUCAACAUCCAUCUCUCACCCCUCAACAUGCAUCUCUCACCCCUCAACAUGCAUCACUCACCCCUCAACAUGCAUCACUCACCCCUCAACAUGCAUCACUCACCCCUCAACAUGCAUCUCUCACCCCUCAACAUCCAUCACUCACCCCUCAACAUGCAUCUCUCACCCCUCAACAUGCAUCUCUCACCCCUCAACAUGCAUCUCUCACCCCUCAACAUGCAUCACUCACCCCUCAACAUCCAUCACUCACCCCUCAACAUGCAUCACUCACCCCUCAACAUGCAUCACUCACCCCUCAACAUGCAUCACUCACCCCUCAACAUGCAUCACUCACCCCUCAACAUGCAUCACUCACCCCUCAACAUGCAUCUCUCACCCCUCAACAUGCAUCACUCACCCCUCAACAUGCAUCACUCACCCCUCAACAUGCAUCACUCACCCCUCAACAUGCAUCUCUCACCCCUCAACAUGCAUCACUCACCCCUCAACAUGCAUCUCUCACCCCUCAACAUGCAUCACUCACCCCUCAACAUGCAUCACUCACCCCUCAACAUGCAUCUCUCACCCCUCAACAUGCAUCACUCACCCCUCAACAUGCAUCUCUCACCCCUCAACAUGCAUCACUCACCCCUCAACAUGCAUCUCUCACCCCUCAACAUGCAUCACUCACCCCUCAACAUGCCUCUCUCACCCCUCAACAUGCAUCACUCACCCCUUAACAUGCAUCUCUCACCCCUCAACAUGCAUCUCUCACCCCUCAACAUGCAUCUCUCACCCCUCAACAUGCAUCUCUCACCCCUCAACAUGCAUCACUCACCCCUCAACAUGCAUCACUCACCCCUCAACAUGCAUCACUCACCCCUCAACAUGCAUCUCUCACCCCUCAACAUGCAUCACUCACCCCUCAACAUGCAUCUCUCACCCCUCAACAUGCAUCACGCACCCCUCAACAUGCAUCACUCACCCCUCAACAUGCAUCUCUCACCCCUCAACAUGCAUCACUCACCCCUCAACAUGCAUCUCUCACCCCUCAACAUGCAUCUCUCACCCCUCAACAUGCAUCACUCACCCCUCAACAUGCAUCUCUCACCCCUCAACAUGCAUCUCUCACCCCUCAACAUGCAUCACUCACCCCUCAACAUGCAUCUCUCACCCCUCAACAUGCAUCACUCACCCCUCAACAUGCAUCUCUCACCCCUCAACAUGCAUCACUCACCCCUCAACAUGCCUCUCUCACCCCUCAACAUGCAUCACUCACCCCUUAACAUGCAUCUCUCACCCCUCAACAUGCAUCUCUCACCCCUCAACAUGCAUCUCUCACCCCUCAACAUGCAUCUCUCACCCCUCAAUAUGCCUCUCUCACCCCUCAACAUUCAUCACUCACCCCUCAACAUGCAUCUCUCACCCCUCAACAUGCAUCUCUCACCCCUCAACAUGCCUCUCUCACCCCUCAACAUGCAUCACUCACCCCUCAACAUGCAUCUCUCACCCCUCAACAUGCAUCACUCACCCCUCAACAUGCAUCACUCACCCCUCAACAUGCAUCUCUCACCCCUCAACAUGCAUCACUCACCCCUCAACAUGCAUCACUCACCCCUCAACAUGCAUCUCUCACCCCUCAACAUGCAUCACUCACCCCUCAACAUGCAUCUCUCACCCCUCAACAUGCAUCUCUCACCCCUCAACAUGCAUCUCUCACCCCUCAACAUGCAUCACUCACCCCUCAACAUCCAUCACUCACCCCUCAACAUGCAUCACUCACCCCUCAACAUGCAUCACUCACCCCUCAACAUGCAUCACUCACCCCUCAACAUGCAUCACUCACCCCUCAACAUGCAUCACUCACCCCUCAACAUGCAUCUCUCACCCCUCAACAUGCAUCUCUCACCCCUCAACAUGCCUCUCUCACCCCUCAACAUGCAUCACUCACCCCUCAACAUGCAUCUCUCACCCCUCAACAUGCAUCACUCACCCCUCAACAUGCAUCUCUCACCCCUCAACAUGCAUCACUCACCCCUCAACAUGCAUCACUCACCCCUCAACAUGCAUCUCUCACCCCUCAACAUGCAUCACUCACCCCUCAACAUGCAUCUCUCACCCCAUUCCCCCCCCCGCCCCUCCCCACUCCCCUUCCCCCCUCCCCUCCCACUCUCCUCUUCCCUCCCGUCCCCCCUCCCCUCCCUCUGGGCUACGUUGGAAAAUACGAGUAUCGAGUAUAAUACGCUAGCGUAUUAUACGCUGGCUGAGCGCCUCGUUGAGACCGCUCUUUCCCGGAACCUUCCCAAGCCCAUGCGAAAGCAGCUGCAGUCAGCCAUUGCUGAGGAGGCGAGGGGCAUGCUGCAGUUUGAGGUGGCGCGGGCCAUCAUCAGCGAGCAGCCUCACAGCAUCCGCGGCUGGUCGCUCUUCCACUCCCUCACCCUCAGGGGCACGGAGAGCAACGACCGGCGGGCCAAGUUCCUGCAGCAGAUGCGCAUGCGGCACCCGGCGUGCGUGGCGGCCAUGGUGGUGUCGGGCCACCACCACGCGCUGCGCGGCCACAUGCAGGGCGCGUGCCGCGAGUACCUGCGCGCCCACCGCCUGCACCCCCACGACCCCCUCAUCUGCCUCUGCUGUGGAGUGGCGCUGCUGAAUCUCUCCCUGGGCUCGCGUCUGCGCGACCGCAGCCAGUGCGUACUGCAGGGCAUGGCGCUGCUGCAGCAGUACACCCAGCUAUCAGGGGACACUCAGGAGGUGCAUUUCAACUUGGGUCGUGCGUUCCACCAUGUGGGUCUGCUGCACCUCGCUGUCGACCACUACAAGCGCCCGCCCACAGCCGCACAGCAGCGCACAGCCGCACAGCAUCGCACAGCCGCACAGCAGCGCACAGCCGCACAGCAGCGCACAGCCGCACAGCAGCGCACAGCCGCACAGCAGCGCACAGCCGCACAGCAGCGCACAGCCGCACAGCAGCGCACAGCCGCUGCACUGCCACGCACAGGCGCGCACAGCCGCUUUCAUUCGCCCAUAGCUGCACUUGCAGCGCGCCUUGUCCGUGCAUGUGCCGCCAGCAACGCCAAGAGCACUAGCCACCAGUGCUCUAGCAGUGCACGCCGCCGCCCCACCAGUGCCCGAUCCUGCCCCGCCUGUUCCUACCAGCUGCAACCGUUCUCCCGUACUGGUGCUCCUAUCAGCGGCUGGAAGCCGCAGUCACUCUCACUGGAGUAG